AAUCCAGUAUUGAGGUUUGACUAAUUACCAGCUUGUUUACUUCGUUAUGUGUGACGUGUGGUACCUACUUCUUGUUCAUCUAAUAUUUACACUUAUUGUUUGUUCAAUUUGUGUGUCAUUAGACAACGGUGGAUGGGCUACUGAUGAAUCAUCAAUACUAGCUUUUGAAGGACCUUGUAAUAUAGACAUAAGAGAUGCAAGUCAAUUAUCACAAGAAGAAUUUAUUAAAAGAUAUGCUCACCAAAGUCCUGUAGUUAUAAAAGGUGCCACAGAUAACAGAAAAUUUCACCAAAUUUGUAGUAAGGAUGAAUUGAUACGAAAUCAUGGGACUAAAAAGAUAAGGCUAAGCUCAGCUAACACAUACUCAUAUGAAAAAAGAGAUGUAUCAUUAAAGUAUUAUAUAGAAAAUGUUAUGAAACCUCAGACCUUAACCAUGCUUGGAAAUGAAACAUUUUACUGGUUUGGUGACAAUAAUUAUACAGAAUGGGAAGAUGUUUUUAACAGAUAUAAACCACCACCUUAUAAGCUACCAUUUAUGACGGGGGCUUACAGCUUUGGUGUUGCAGAUGCAGGAACUGGUGUACCAUUUCAUUUUCAUGGUCCAGGUUUUGGUGAAGUAAUUUAUGGAAGAAAGCGUUGGUUUUUAUAUCCACCAGAGAAAACUCCAUCUUUUCAUCCCAACAGAACUACCCUGCAAUGGUUGUUUGAAGAUUAUCCUAAUCUACAUCCAGAUGAUAAACCAGUAGAAUGCACAAUAAAUCAAGGAGAGAUAAUAUAUUUCCCAGACAGAUGGUGGCAUGCAACACUCAAUAUAGACGCCAGUGUUUUUAUUUCAACGUUCUUAGGAUGAAGAAGCAAACAAGAUUUAUUUUUUUAUUCUAUGAGUUAUUAUAAAACUUUCUUAAUUGACAAGGAUUGUCAGUUUUUAGAAGGUUGGUUGUUCUCUCCUUCAUUCCAGCUUCCUUUGCGUUGUUCUCUCCUGCAUUCUAGCUUCCUUCACCAUGAUUGACAGCCAGGAUAUAGCCAAUAGUGAUAAAAUGGCAUUAUAUUCAUAAUUCGAAACAGUUUUCAUCAUCAUCUUGAUACUUUGAUAUUUUUAUGAGUUCUGAGAACUUCUCCAUUGCUAGUUCUCUCCUACAUUCCAACUUCCUUCACCACAAUUGUCCAUUGACAGCCAGGAUAUAGCAAAUACUAGUGCUAAAAUGGUGUUAUAUUCAUAAUUCAAACAAUCAUCAUUCUCAUCUUAUGAUACUUUGCUAUUUUUAUAAGUUCUUCAUUGGUCAUUUUGGUAGUAACUUUUAACUGCAGUCUUGCCAUCAUUCUUUUUAUCACCAUUUAUUAUGUAUUAAAAGGAAAUGAGAAAAAAAGGGAGAACAUGCACAGGGACAUUCAAAUUCAUAAGUUGAGAGAGAGUGGCAACACCACAGCAAAAAACAAAAGACAACGAAAAGACAAAAAAUGUUACAAAAUACUUAAUGGAAAUCUAAGCCUUAAGACUGAAAACAAGAACUCCAUAAAACUAUUUGGUGAUGUAAGCUGCAAAGGAAGGAGAAGCACUUCUCCCACUGGUUGAUGUGAUUUAAGAUCAAGUAAUUUAAUGUGGCAAUUUUUAUGUGAAAUAAAUUUCUUAUAUAUUUUCACAAUUCUUUGAACUUG